AUGACGAGGAUACCUCGUGAGAUGGUCUUUGCUAUGGCUAGAGGAAGCUAUGGUCGUAGCAAGAAGUGCUUUAGAUUGGCUAUAGGUCGAGUGAUGCAUGAUUUAAUGAGGAGUUAUAUCGCUCGACAGAAGAGAUCAAGGAUACAUCGUUGCCAUUGGAUAGCCCGUCUUAAUGCUGCCACUCGAGAGUAUAACAUGCCAUAUGCUCAUUUUAUUAAUGGAGUUAGGACCGGGGAUAUGAUGUUAUCGAGGAGGGUAUUGACAACUCUGGCCGAAACUGAGCCUAUCACAUUCAAAGCAGUACUAGAUGAAUCAAAGAGAUAUNNNNCUAUUGCAAUACCACCACCUACUACUACGAUACCGAAAGAGGCCAUCUCUAUGUACUGCAUGAUCAUAGGAUUGGGUCAUCGAUGCCCGAUGUUUUACUCAUCGACUACGAUGUGA